AACCUGGUCGAGUGACUUGACUAUUUACCGCCAUAAUCUAUGACUCAUAUUCCAAUUAUUGUAGUAUCUUAGAAAGCUAUAAAAUAUUAAUCAUAACUUUCUCCUUCUGCCGUCAAAAUGGUAAAGUGCCACCACAUUCACAGUGAAACGUUGCGAGGUGUUCUAGCAGAGUUCCUUGGGACAUUCGUAUUUGGGUCAUUUGUUAUGGGAUCUUCUGCACAAAACACCUUCAGUAACAAUCCAAAUACUCUCCAGGUAAAUUUAGCGUCUGGAAUUGGUUUAAUGGUCGGCAUUUAUAUAUCAGGAGGAGUUUCAGGUGGACAUCUCAACCCGGCUGUAACUCUUGCCUGUUGUUUGGGAAAAAAGACUUCUUGGAAGAGGCUACCUUUCUACUGGAUAUCACAGCUCUUGGCUACUGUACUGGCAGCUGCACUUCAAUAUGGAAUUUGUUAUGAUGUCAUUGAAGAAUUCAAUGGUAACAUUAGAGUAUAUGCAACAUUCUUCUUCUGUGGUGGAAUACUUGCAAUUAUUGACUCCAACAGUGCGGUUUCAAGUCCAAACAUGGCGCCAUUGGCUAUUGGUUUGCUUCUUACAGCUGUUGCCAGUUCUUAUGGCUUAAACGGUGGUCCAGCAGUAAACCCAGCAUUAGAUUUGGGACCACGAAUUGUCUUGCUGCUUGCAGGUUGGGGAAUAGAACCAUUUACGUAA